AUGAUCUCUUCUAUACGACUUCUACCGGUAUGGUUUUUAGUAGUGCAGUGUUAUAAUGUGACUGGUUAUAACAUUCAUGGAUCGAUUACCAACGGUUGGGAAUUUGUACUUGAUUUGUUUCGAGAAAAUUUUGUUCAAGAGAAAGAAUUAGGGGCAGCUAUAUCGGUGUAUCAUAAUGGUCGUUCAGUUGUUGAUCUUCGAGGUGGAUGGUAUGACGAAUCAAAAACCAAACCGUAUGAUGAUAAUUCAUUACAAUUAGUUUUUUCAACUACCAAAGGAAUAGUGGCUGUAGCCGCUGCACUUUGUGUACAACAAGGUUUACUUGACUAUUCAGAAUUAGUGACAAAGUAUUGGCCAGAAUAUGGGCAGAAUGGUAAAGAAAAUACAACAGUAGCAGACAUACUGUCACAUCGAGCUGCACUACCCUAUGUAGAUUCUCCAAUCGAUCAAUAUGCUAACUGGACAGCUAUGAUUCAUACACUAGAACAAGAGAAACCUUUAUGGAUACCAGGAACAACUCAUGGUUAUCAUGCAGUUACCUACGGUUGGCUAGCAGGUGAACUUGUUCGCCGUGUUGAUCGAAAGAAAAGAUCUUUUGGGCAAUUUAUCAAAGAUGAAAUUGUAAAUCCACUACAAAUAGAAUUCUAUAUUGGUCUACCAUCCGAAAUACAAUACCGUGUAUCACCAGUGGUUCCUCAUCCUGAUGUAAAGAACAUGCUAAAUCAAACCAUGAAGGAUCUAUUUCAAAUAUGGAAUGAUCCUCGUAUACAUCAAGCAGAGAUACCGGCAGCCAUAGGUCUAUCUAAUGCCAAGUCAAUUGCACGCAUUUAUGCGUCACUUAUUGGUAAUCUUGAGGAAGGAAUCGGCCACCAAUUGUUAAGUGAAGAGAUGAUGAAACUUGCAACGAAAUCAAAUACACCUUUGAAUGAAAUCGAUCUUGUACUACAGUACUAUUCGUCGUUCGCCAUGGGUUUUCAUCGGUAUGAUCGAGUUCUACCAAAGUUUGGACCUGGCGUAUUUGGUCAUCAUGGGGCUGGUGGAAGUAUUGGUUUUGCAGCACCUUCAAAGAAUCUUACUUUUGCCUAUGUGCUGAAUCGAAUUGGAACCGAUACUGCCACGAUCAUUGAUCCUCGUAUUGAAUCCAUACUUGCUAGAAUUGCAGUACACAUAAAUGACCAAACCUAA